AUGUACCCCUGGCUCCUUGUUGGGCAAAUUGAACGAGCGGCGACGGGCCAGACAAAGAAGACCCUCCGCUGGGAGGUACCCGCCUUGAGGGCUGGGCUCAACCCGCCGCUCGAGAACUUGUUUCAGGCGUUUUCUGUCGGCGGAGGCGCGGGGAUUGUGACGAAGAAUGGCACACUUGUAUUCCCCGUCAAGGCGGUGACAAAGGAGGGGAAAGAGGUCUCGCUGGUCAUGUACUCUAGCGACCCGGAGGAGAAUUGGCGGCUGUCGAGGGGGAUGUCUGCCGGGGGCUGCGUGGAUCCUGCCGUCGUGGAGUGGGGGAGCGGGAGGCUCCUCAUGAUGGCCUCGUGCGAGGAGGGCCACCGCAGUGUUUACGAGUCGGGCGACAUGGGAGAGACGUGGACGGAGGCGCUCGGGACCCUCUCGCGCGUGUGGGGCAACUCACCUGAGCGUGAUGGAUCCGGUGUUCAGGGCGGCUUCGUCGCUGCGACGAUUGAGGAAAGGAACGUGAUGCUCGUCACCCUGCCAGCGCACUCGACGGCCAAGACAAACGGCCAACUCCACCUUUGGCUCACCGACGCCGCCCACGUUGUCGAUGUUGGGCCGGUGUCCGACGCAAGCAAGCACGCCGCCGGCAGUGCCCUGUUGCACACGGGCGGGAAGGACCUGAUCUCCCUGCAGGAGCUGUACUCUGUGGUGGGGGACGCUGUGGGGGUGUUUGACGGCAUCUACCUUGCCCGCCUGACGGACAUGGCGGAGCGGGUGAAGUCGGUGGUGCGGGCCUGGAGGGAGGCCGACAGUAACCUCCCGAUGGCAUGCACCCAACCGGUGAAAUCGGCGGCAGGGAAAGGCGACUGCGGCGUUCCGAUGCCCACAGCUGGGCUGGUCGGCUUUUUGUCCGGCACCGUGGCCGGCGGCCAGUGGAAGGACGAGUACCUCGGGGUGAACGCCACGGUGAGAGGCGUCGCAAGGACAGCGUCCAACGGGUUGACGUUCAACGGAGGCGGCGCAGGGGCGGAGUGGCCCGUGGGCAGGCAGGGGCAGAACCAGCGCUUCCACUUUGCCAACUACAACUUCACACUUGUGGCGACGGUGUCCAUCGACGCGGUUCCGACGGGGGGCCGCGGCAUUCCUGUGAUGGGCGCGAGGCUGAGUGGCGAGGGGGAGGGGACGAUCCUCCUGGGCCUGUCGUGCGCUGCGGACGGCUGGGAAGUAACGUUCAACGGCGUGAAGACAAUGCAGGGAGUGCCUUGGAGAUCC